AUGUCACAAGUGACAUCGUCCACGACACAAAGUGCCGCCGCCGCUCAAGCGGGUAGCAGGCGCUUGCAAAACAACGAUGCAGGCGUUUGCGUGGGCGUCGGUGGCGUAGGGUAUGGCGAAACCGAAUGGGAGGCACGCGAGUCGCAACGCCAGCGGGAGCUACACGAAGCGCGCGCUAGAGCUGCACAAAUGGAAAAGACAAUGAAGUGGUGGUCCGAUUGCACUGCUAACUGGCGGGAGAAAUGGAGUAAGGUUCGCAACGAGCGGAAUAAAGCGCGUGAGGAAUCAAAACAACUAAAUCUUAAGCUGGACGUAGCCAUGAAGGAGGCGCACUCUUUAAAGCGUGAGAAAAAUGAUCUGGAAGUGCAAAUAACGCAGUUAAAGAAGGAAAUGGAAAAGGUGCACACGCUAAUGAUGAAACAUGCCGGACAAUUUCAUCGUGCUGAUACCAAUGAGGAUGCUGAAGCGAAUGGUCGCGAUGCAAAUUGCUCACCCGACAUCUCAUCCGAUGGUCUAAAGAAUGUCAAUAGCGAAGAUGGCUUAGUUACCAAACUUCCGAACGAUGUUAAAGAUUUGGAUAUUGAAGAAUUCACUUUAAAGGGCGCUAUGCCCAAGCAUUUGAGUGACUUGGACGAGGCUGCGGCUGUUGCUGAGGAGAAACGUCUAAUACAGCAAUUGUCCAAAGAUGAUUUCGAUGAGGAUUACUUGCUGCAAAAGAUAUCGAUGCUGCAAUUGCGAUUGGAUGAGGCACAAAAGACAUUACAAGCGGAACGAGAUGAAAAGCAUGAACUGCACAAGAGUAUAGAGAAGUUGGCUUUGGAGCUACAAGAUGUGCGUGGCCGGCAGGAGGAGUUACGCUCAGCUAAACAGGAAGCAGUGCGAGAGCUACUCACAUUACAGGAACAGCAUCGCGCCGAGAUGCGUAUUGUGAACAAUUCGCUACAAGAAGAAAUUGCAGCACGUGAGAAUCUGGAGCGCCGCCUCAGCGAGCUGCGCACCGAACUCGAACAUUUGCAGGCGGAAAAUGCAUCGGAGUGGGGCAAGCGCGAACGUUUGGAAUCCGAAAAGUUAGCGCUGGAACGCGACAAUAAGAAAUUGCGCGCUGAACUGCGUGAUUAUCAGGAGCGUUCGGAUCGCAAAUGUCGCCCAAUGCAGGCCAAUGAUGUGGAGCUACGCGCUCUGCAGCAGGAGCUAUCGGAGCGAAAUAAGGAAAUUAGCGAAGUCAAAAUGUCGCAUGCUAAGUUAAAGAAAUUGCUGGCCGAGACCAAUACAGAGCUGGGUCAUGCAGUGCGACGGGCCGAACAAUACGAAGCGGAGGUAAAGCGUUUACGUCAGCGCGUUGAGGAACUGAAGCGUGAGCUGGCCGGGGCUGAGGACGAGCUGGACUCGGCCGUAAAUCAGGUGCGACGACUGCAGCGCAGCAAUGAUGAGCUAGUGGGACAGACGGAGGGAUUGCAGGUGCAAAUACAACAUUUGCAAAACAGACGCGCACCAAGUCCGCAGCUGCGUGGCAUUGGCGGUGUUCAGUUGCGCAAUAAAAUUGCCGUGGAGCUGCCCAAUGAGUGUUUGCCGAACAUCAAUGAUCUGCGCCAGAUCUUCGAUGAUGGCCAGGCGGGCUUGCGCAGCUCGCACAAUGGCUGUGAUGCGGCGGCAGUGCAUCAUGCAGCUGCUGUGAAGCGUUCCAGUCACACAGAGCGCACGCUCUUGCAGCAGCAGCAAAGCAAUGCAGCAGCAGCAGCAGCGGCAGCAACGGCAGCUGUUGGUUAUUACGAUGCGAAGACAACGCAUUUUGAGGACAACAUUUUCGAGUCGAAGUCACGCAAUUUGGAAUUUGAGCGUGCCAAGCAAAAGUUUGACAAUCCGCAUGGACAGCAGCUGCAUCAGCAUCAGCAACUGCAGCAACUACAGCAGCAGCAGCAGCAACAACAGCAGCAGCAGCGGCAGCGCAGUUCCGCUUCUCGCUACAAUAGCAACACUGGCAGCAGCACUGGCGGCAAUCGAGCCAAUCUGGCCUUGCCACUCAAAUGCAUGACAAACACAUCCCAAAAGGAUGUCGAUAUCAAUAGGCAGCUGUAUGAUGCGCAGGAUAAGGAUCAGUCGCAUGCGGGCUAUGCGCGCAAUAGUGUUAAUUUAGAUGGUCUCAAGGUAUCCGACGAUGAGACUCCGUAGCUAUGGCUCGACAAGUUUGCUGCUGGACGAUGAAACUGAAGGAAAUAGCGACUGAUUCGUCGAACUAUAAUGAAACAUACAUAUUUUACUUAACUUAAUCAUUAGGUUUUAAGUCUUUCAAAAUUGAUCUUAGGCUAUGAUUUGCUGUCCACUAUUUGUUUUUUGUAUGUUCCUUAGUUGUUGUAUAAGUUUUUUAUAUAUUUAAGUAUUCGUUCGCUUACAAAAAACUCCUUUUUGGAAUACUCAACUCUGGGCAGCCAAAAGUCUAACUCCAUGUCUCUUUGCAUACUCCAAUUUGAUGGCAGCUUGUACUUAUGAGAGUUGUCAAAGAUUUGUGAACUCUAUGUCCAUAAGACCCAUAAGACUAUAUACGCUCUUUAAUUAACCCAAUAAUUUUUAACUUCUGAACUCUUUGUUUUGUCAAUAGAUAAGUUGAAUAAUAAUCGUUAGUUUUAUAUAGCAUAACACUAUCUAAAUUGAGCUGAUCUAUAUAAGCCUAGGGAACAAGUCAAUAGAACUUAUAUAUAUAUAAAUAUAUAUCGAUACAUUCUUGAGCUUCACAAACAUUGCGCUGAAUACAUAUUCCAUUUACUAUACCACAACAAAAUUGAUAUGGCCAUAUCGAGAUCUCCUAAAACCCAAUUGCCUUGUGCUUUUAUUACACAAGUUAACACUGCACUGACUGCAUGAUUCCCACUCAAAUGACUUAACAGAUAUAUUUAUAAACAUAUAUUUGAUGUAGUUGCAUAUGUAUGAGCGAAGAAUAUUCAUUUUAAUUUGUCUAGGAAGUUGUAAUUGCGUCUCCAUAGUUUCCUUUUGUAUAUGUAUAUGUAUAGGUACGUAUAUAAUGAUUCCGGGUGUCUCCUAGUCGGGCACUCCUUCGAA